CUGAUAUUCAUUUCCACGUUCUGGGAAAAUGUUUUUCUAUAUUUUAUAACGACCAAUCAAUCAGACGAACAAAUAUAAAUUGUUCGCCGGCUGAAAACACUUCAAUAUUUUUAGCUCUGGCUUUAGAUUUAUUCGUAACAUGCCCGGUGGCGACCCUCCCAAGCCCCCUCCAUCCUCCUUGUCCACCCACACCCACCACCGGAACUCCGGCUGGGGCCCCUCCUCCGCCUCCGCAGCCGCCCAUAUACCCUCCGCCACUUCCAAACCUUCCCCUAGCUUCGCCGACGCGACUGCCCCGAGCAACAAAGAUCCCAACGAUAAACCCCCACCCGCGAAGCCCAGGCCUCGGCCGGAGGACCCAUCCCCGAGGCCUGAAAACCUGAACGCUAUACCCGGGCCGAGGCCCGUUUUCCCGAUAAACGAUCCGCUCCCGCCCCCAUCCUACGGGUUCCACAUGCUCGACCGCCGGAGCAUAGUCCUAGCAGAUGGAUCCGUGCGAUCUUACAUCGCUUUGCCUCCGGAUUAUGAGAACCUUGCAUUACCACAUCGGCCCGGUUUACGGCCCGAAUUAAUGGGCCGUCGUGAAUUCGGGCUGGAACGGCCCCCUUUACCGAUGAGCUCAGGGUUUCCCGGUCCAGAUGCAAUGUCCCGGAAUCUGGAGUAUUGGAAUUCGGGCCUCGAGAAUCCAUUAAAGCGGAAGUUUGGGGAGAGUGAGAGGGAAGGGAGGGAUGAUGGGUAUGAGAGGCAGAGGCAACAGCUGUUGCAGUAUGGAAUUGCAAACGGGCCGGGCCUUAGUGCUGGGUAUAAUUUAGGGAGAGGCGAGGAAAUUAGGGCCUCUAAGAACAUGCGGGUUCUUGAAGGAAGUUCGAGUAAGAUUAAGCAUGGUGAGGUGGAUCAGAAUUUGUUAAAGAAGGCUUUUCUGCAUUUUGUGAAGUUGGUGUUUGAGACUGGGAAUCAGAGAAAGAAUUAUUUGGCAGAUGGGAAACAAGGACCUGUGCCAUGUUUAGUUUGUGGAAGAAAGAAAAAAGAGGAUAGGAAAAAUGUAGUCAUUAAAAGGGGACAAAUCUUAGCAGAUGGAGCUGCUACGGUCUGUGGUGAACUUGCGUUGGGGAAAAACAUAUUAGUAGCUUAUAUGCCGUGGGAAGGUUACAAUUCUGAAUGUGGUAUUAAAAGUAUGCAAUUUAUAGUGAUACUGGAGAUCCUGAAACCGAUAAUGAGGCAUCAACAAAAUGCUGAUCCCAUCAAUUCUCUUAAAAGUAUAGUUGAAUAUGCUCCUAUUACAUUCCUAAGUUGCGUGUGGGACAUUCAGCUCUUUGGAUCUCGUGCACUCAUACCAUCUGCUAUCAAGUCUUCAAGGGACUUUGCAGACACACACAGUCUUGUCAUGCAUGCAUACAGCUCAGAAAAUUCGGACAUGCUCGUGGAUCACUUGGCCUUUCACAAGGCCUUAUGCAUUCUGAUGGGCUGGAAUUAUACAAUGCCUCCAGAUAAUUCGAGAGCCUAUCAGAACCUUUCUCCCGAACGAGCACAAGUUAACCAGGAUGACCUUAUUAUGUGGCCUCCAUCUGUUUUGAUUCACAAUACUAUAUGGGGAAAAGGUAGAGAUGGCCGUAUGGAAGGUAUAGGGAACAAGGGAAUGGAUAGUUUUCUUAGAGAGCUUGGAUUCACUAGUGGCAAGUCAAUCUCCUUGUACUCGAAAGAAGGCCAUAUGGGCAUGCACAUCGUGAAGUUCUCGUCAGAUGAGUCGGGCCUGAAGGAAGCCCAAAAGCUGUCUGAUUAUUUUGAGAGGGAAAAGCGCGGGCGAAAGGGGUGGGCCCGCGUGCAGCCCUCUGGACUCGGAAAUGCUAAGGGCGAUGAGAACAAUCCGAACCUCAUGAAAAUGGACCCAAAGACGGGUGAGAGAAAGAGGGUAUAUUAUGGUCAUUUGGCGACUGUGGCUGAUCUGGACAAGGUUACGUACGAUAUCAAGAAGAAGGCUUCCAUCAUCAGCGUUAGCGAAUUCAAAAAAUCUAAAUGAACCAUUUUUUUAUUUAUUUUUUCCUUUUUUGAUACAUUAUGAUGCAUUUUAACUUGGAAGCAUGAUUGGGGGGAAGUUAACAGGAAACAAUUAUUUGCUUUUGUAAUCAUAGAUUAAACACAAAGCGUCCGGAGUCGAAUCUUUGUGUGUUCUGUUGUAUUUUUUAUCUUUUCUCUGAGCCAGUAAUUUGUGGGAUGAAUAGUUUCAUCUUUUGAAAGUAUCCACUUAAUUUGUUGUAAGUUUCUCCUUCCAGGUCCCUACAUAUUUUUUAACAACUCCUUAUUGAUUCUUUUAAGUGCAAUCUGUAAAUGAG